UGAAGCUUAAUUACCUGUCUGAACAGAGAACUCCAAACAUGGGUAUCAGAAGCAUCAUUACCAACAGGAAUCUCUUUAAAAAUACAGUUUUAUUACUUAUUAGCAGGUCAGCGGCUUCUCUUGUCCUUUUCACUCUACUCUUCCAUAACAAAAGUUUUGGGGAGAAUCCUUUCGUUGGAUACUUUGGCCAGGGCGCCAUGAUGGUGACUGCUUGCAUAUUGGGACAUUUCGUUGGAAACUACUUCGGCAGAAGAUUUACACACUGUCUGGUGUUCCUGAUCGCCACCGUUAUUUCCAUUGUUCUCGUGGUGCUGACAACAGUAUCUGCUGAACAAUGGGUGACAACUGCUGGGUCACUGUCGCUACAACUCUUCUCCUCUUCGUCGUUGUUACUUACGAACUUACAGGGCAUGGAAAUCCAUCCGACAUGUCUACGCCAAACAUGUAUCGCCAUUGAAUAUAUAGUUCUGUCUUGCGUUAUGUGUGCAAAUCCGUACCUUUCAUACCUGGGAAACACAGCUGGACAGCACUGGUUAUUCGCAGUACUCGGGACCGUAACGCUUAUCGCAUCAGUUCUGGUGUCAUUUUUACCUGAAUCGUUGAAUGAGAAGCUUCCAGAGACAAUGAAAGACGCAGCGCUCUAUGGUCGUGACCAGAAGUUCUGGACUCUUCCCGGAGGCAAGACCAGCUUACCAGAAACUACUCCACUCUACAAAACCGGUUUUACGGAAUGUACCUCCUUCAGUAAUCACAAUGUAUAGGGAACUGAAGUAGUCCGCAGUCUAGUGCCAAACUUUCGACAUCGAACCUCUUUGGUAUUUUGUGUCAAUCGUUGCCGUCGCUUAAUUAUUAAUACAGUUCUUAACUAGAGCGUGUGAAGCAUAACGGACCACCACUGCAGGCUUUGCAACUUCAGAGAAAUUUUAUAGUUGUCGGUGAGUAAUGAACCAAGGGAAUCCAAACCAAUGACUAGGAACAAUUAUCACUACACCACAGCAGCAAUUUUUUUAUGUCUUUGUUGCAGUAAGAACUUAGACAUUUAUUGGGGAGUCUUCUACGAAAGA